AUGACCAUGCCGACCAAGCGCAGACUCGUCCAUGAUGACGAGGCCCCAGACCGUGACGACGGCUGCCCCGGUACCCGUCCUGACGCGAACCCGAACCAUCCGUCGUCACGGCCCGUGUCCAAGCGCCUUCGGACCAUGACGCCGCGUCGUACUCGUGAUAUUAUAUCUACACUGUCCGACGAGCUGCUCAUCCGAAUUCUCUCCUUCGUGGACGAAAAGACACUGCUUGGCGUAUCUCCCGUGUCUAGACGUUUCAGCCGCAUCACCUCCGAUUCACAGCUAUGGCGGCCACACUACUAUCGUCGAUUCAUCUUGCCCCGUGCCCACAUGAUCCCAGGCUUUCGCACCGGAUUCACCCGAAGCUCCAGCAAGCUACGAUACUCGACCGGCAAGACCAUCUGGGCAGAUGGGGGAUGGGGUCGCAGGGGCGGCUUUGUCAGCGGUCCAAGAGAGACGGCCGCAAGCGAUACUCGGGAACUGAUAGACUGGAAGAAGCAGUACAAGUUGCGACACAAUUGGGCUCGCGGUGCUUGCGCCGUCGACGAAGUUCAGGUCCGCCGUGUCGAACGAGACACUCCUGCGGCAGAGUGGCAAACCAUGGUCAAGGUGGUUGAUGGUCUUGCUGUGACCGUCGAUGGCACCGCCGGCAUCAGGGCGUGGGACCUCAAGACAAGGCGGCUCAUCGCACAAGCAGACCUUGGAAACGACAAGGAGACAAAUCAGCCCAGUUGCUUGGCAGUCGAUGACUUGCUGCUCAACACUGGGAGACUGGACGUGGCUGUGGGGUUCGAAGACGGCACCUUUUCUCUCUGGGAAUUGAAUGUCAAGAGUGGAAAGAUUGGUAUACUGUACCAGCACGCAAAGAACUACUUUGGUGAACUUGUCGCCAUUGCGUAUGGACAUCCAUACAUAUUUACGGCCUCGAGGCUUGGCUUUGUUUCAUUGUUCUCCUUCGACCACCCACAAGUCGAAACAGCUCCAAUACGGGAGCAUUCAAAUACAGGACCCGAGGGCCGUCUGCCCAUGCCAUCGUCAGUGCCUGAGCCUGAAGAAACCGCUCCUCCCCCGAGGGCGCCACUCACCCAGCCGCGUCUUCUCACCUCACUCAAGUCUCACACCACAGGGCCACCGCUAGCCCUAUCAGUUCGCCGCAUGACAACUUCAGUCGUUGCAUCCAUCGCAUACACUUUUGACGCCGUCGGAGGAUGGUCCAUUGGCAUACAGGACCUGGACAUUAGGCCGUCUGGAUUCGCUACGCCAGACAUUGUUACCUCACGAGUUGCCUACACCCUGCCGACGCAGACCCGCUUGUCAGCAACAUCAUCUCCGCCGUCUUCACCUUCCAACUCGCGGGCCCGCUCUCCAGCACCGCUGGAGCCUGGGGAAGACGGGCCUAUACGACUCUGCUACAGUCACCCCUAUCUGCUGGCCACUUUGCCCGACAAUACCCUAGUCCUUCACCUGUGCACCUCGACCGCCUCGUCGCUCUCUAUCUCGCCAGGCAUCCGCCUAUGGGGCCACACCUCAGGCAUCUCCGACGCAGAAAUCACACCCCGAGGAAAAGCGGUUAGUAUCAGCACGCGCGGCGACGAGAUUCGGGUUUGGGAGCUUGAAGGCCGCGUGGGCGGAAGCAGCGUCGAAUUGCGGCCGAGGCAGUCGGGUGAUGACGCGGAACAACAUGUAAAGAGAAAGCACUCUGCCACCACAAGGGCCGUCGCCAGCUUGGAUGACACAAAGAGCUGGGUGGGUUUCGACGAGGAGAUGGUGGUGGUGCUGAAGGAGGCCCGGGACGGACGAGAGAGCUUGAUGGUCUACGACUUUACGUGA